UCAUCAAAAUUGCCCGAUAUGAGAAGGCGUAUGAAACGACUCUGUUGACAAAAUCUACUCGUUCGCAAAUAGUGUAAAACGUGAAAAAGUUUAUCAGCCACUCCCUAGGGGACGUGACAAGUCCCCACCCCCACCCCACCCUUGGGAAGUGCGGUUUAUUGGCUUUGCUCGGGUGUGGUCGAGUCGCGUUUAGCUACCAGAAACAUGGCGUCGAGUGAAGAAGGUUCAACGCAUACACGGACAAUACAGAAGCGAGCGAAGAAAACGCAAGAUCAGGCCUGUCAGUUCGAUGCAUCUCUGUUAGAAGAAAGGGGGACCUGUGAGGCUUGCAACCAAAUUUCAGGCUCUGCCAAUUGUCUUUCUCAACCUCAUGUUAUCCAGCUUGACCCAGAGGGACACAUAGAAAGAACUACAGUUAUUCGAGUUGUUACUACAGAUGAUGAUGAAUAUAAGGUUACAGAAGCUUCUCCAGGAAGAUAUGGAGGAAGAUGUAAUGGCACAGAUAACACGCCAACAGUCAUUGUGUCUCCUGGGGAUCAUCUAAAAGAAUAUCUGAUAGAAGAUGAUAAUUAUGAAGACAGAACACACUCUCCUCCUGCAGUUCUUUUUGAUGAGACUGAACCAAACAUAAGCAAUGUGAAGGAGACUCGCAAAGCUGAUAAAACAGAUCAUAUGAAAAGAAGGAGAAUCCACAAAUGCGAUUAUGAAGGUUGCUCCAAAGUUUACACUAAAAGCUCACAUCUCAAGGCUCACAGGCGAACCCACACUGGAGAGAAACCCUACAAAUGUUCCUGGGAAGGCUGCGCAUGGCGCUUUGCUCGCUCAGAUGAACUUACAAGACACUACAGAAAACAUACUGGUGCAAAGCCAUUCAAAUGUUCACACUGUGACAGGUGCUUUUCAAGAUCAGAUCACUUGUCACUUCACAUGAAGCGCCACUGAAUUAGUGUGCAAAAAGAGUCUGUGGGGUAUGACAUUUAAGGAGCAAACACUAUUGGAAAGCCAGCCUAUUUUGUAGAAGAUAGCUUGUUCUUCCUGGAGUCAUUUGGAAGAAGGAUGCAGUUGAUACCUCCAAUAUUUAGUUGAACUUUUGUCAUUGUGUACAGCUGGCAACUCAUGUCAAAUUUGUAAAUAGAGAAUUGUUUCCUCAGUGAUACUAAGUGCUUCCUCCAGAUAUGGAACCCUGUGACACUAAUAGGAUGGUGACAAAGCUCAAGCAAUGAUGGAUUUCUGCUUUUAGUUGCGUAAACCUGCAAGUCAUCCUUGUAUGGCUGUGUUAUUCUCACCAUAAAUUGGCAAUAAUGCUGGCAAAUUCAGGGUCAUCCUACAACAAACUUAUUUGGUGGCAUAUUGUGUGACUUUGGUCUGCUUUGUCAAACCAUUGAAGAAUUUGGUCAGUUCCCUACACCCAUCAAGAAAGCAAGCUGAAUGUCAUCUUUAGCUAGAUGGAUUGAUGGAGAGCUCAUUGUUACUGCACUUCAAUAUGCUUUCACAAAGAUCUUCAAAAGUCAUAUGCAUUUCUCCACUGUUUGUCUCAGAGCUAAAAGGGGCAUUCUUUCCUGCAAAGAAAUCUUUGGAAUCUAUGUUGUUUACAUAGGUAAUUACAAUCAAUUUGUUUUUUUAUGAUCAAUCCUAGAUACUAAAAUAACCUUAAGUAUUACUACCAAUUAAUUCUAUUUAGUGGAAACAAUACCACCAUGGAAAAAUUAUGUAGAAAACAUCUUGUCACAAUGAUAACUUGAAGAUAACAUAGUCCACAUGAAGUUGGCAAAAUGUACAUAGUAAUUAUUAUGAAAUCUUAAAUUAUAAGUUUAGUUAUCACUGUAACUAUUUUUUGUGUUAGGUUUAAGUCCACGUUGAAUUGAUAUUUUUUUCAACCAAUUUUAGAUUUAAACUUUUCUUUACAAAAAGUUUUUUCUUCAAGAUUUUUUUGAGGUACUCUCACAAAGAUCAGUGGACAGUGCUGUCUCAGUUAUAGAAUAAUUUAAAGAAUGUGUGUUUUUAUAUUACUCAUUCAUACACCAUCCGGUUAGAGGUAGUACUGUGUGGCAUGAAAAUUUUGAGGGUUUUAAUUUCAAUGAUUUUGCAAAUAGUCUUCUCUUUUCAAAAGAAAAAUUUCUCCAAAAGAAAAUCUUGUAGAAUAUAACCACACAAACCUUUUCAGCAUUCAGUCAAUUUAAGACUCUUUAAAAAAACUCCACACAAAUCAAUCGUCAUCAAUAUCCAUUCAUAGUAUGUGGCCAGGUCCAAUCACAAUACCCAUCUUAAAAACCAUUUGAAGCAAUUUCUUUUUGGCAAAUAUUACAUUCCUUCCUUGCUAUUGUAUUGGAGUUUGAGGUUAAAAUCACAAAGUUAGCUUCCUGCAGAAAUGAUAGUCAUUUCAAAUAAAAGGGAUGUAAUUUUGUUCCUUUGGUAGUUAAUAUUUUCCCACUAUCUCCUAUAUGCAAAAUACAUUCCAGCAAAGUUUUCACACGACAAGGGAGUUGACUGGAAAGGUUUGCAUGUUUCUUUUGAGGGAGGUGAUGAACAGGAAUAAUCAUACAUACAUACAUGUACACAAUUUAGCAGUGAUCUGUAAAGAAGGUCGAAACCUGGAAAAACUUCUGGACUUAUCAUCUUUCAUUAGUUGUUAGUUUGAGAAGUAACUUUGCAUUAGUUUGCUUAAGGUAAAGACAGGAGGGGUUACUGUUACUGUUAACUUCUUCCUUUCUGUGUGUGGCUGGCAAUGGUAGCUUAGAGUGUACUAAUGAUUCAGUGGUUAAGUAAUUUAGUCAGUGCAGGUUAAGGAAGGAGUUCUGCUCUUAAAGAAAUGAGAUUUCCUUCAUUCCUUGCAUUUUGAGGUUGAAGCACAUUUUUAUCUAAACUGCAAUAACUUCACUGUGGCUGGAUUAUUAUGUGCAAACAGGCUGAAGGGCUUCCACAAGAACAGGUGUAAACCCUUCAUUUAUCAACGUGAUUGUACUUCAAAAGUACUUGAAAAUAGGAAAGUGAAUGCAACAAUGUCAAGUCAUUCUGAGCUCAAAUGGAAUGCAUAACUUUCAAUAUGGCUAUAUGAUUAACAAAGAAUUCUCGGUGGUGUGUUCAUUGCUCUUGUAGUGUGUAGUUUUGGAAGAUGAACAAUCUUAAUUUACUUACUUUUUUUAGGAAAUUCUCUUUUGACCUUCCCAGGGCAAUUUUCAAUUGAUGUUAACAUUGACUGAAUUACUCUUGUUUCACAAUCCUUUGGUAGGGGACUGGUCUAGAAAACUCAUGCCACCUUCUCAACCAAUCAGGUUGAAUGCUAGAGCCUCCUAGAAAUUGGUCACUCGUGUUUUUGCGCAAUGAGGACUCUUUUGUUCUUUUUCCUUUGCAUUCUCACUGGCUGGUUGUCUUGUCAUAUUUCGAUUGCUCUGAUUGGCUGUUUUGAUUUGGUUUGGGUACUUUGGUUUUUUGUUUAUUACAUUCCAUCAAAAUGUUAACUUUGGUGAAAUCUAUUUUUAAGAGCAGUAAAUAACAGCGAAUUUUUAUUGUCAAGACACGUUGAGAAAUAUCACUGCUUCAAGCAUUUCCUCAAAUGUUAUCAUUCCUUUAGCAUUCCUGUUUUAUAUUUGAUUAAACUUAUUAUGUAGGCCUUAUAAUUGAAACAAAAAAAAUUAUCCCUGCUUUACCAUAUUAACCCUGGCACUCUGAAGAUUUAAUCAUCAGCUAUCCAUCUUGUCUGCCAUGCAUUUCUUAUAUUUGAGCUUUGAGAUUUUGCUCUUAAUUUGUACAAGAUCUCUUAGAAGGUGAUUUUGUACUUUCUUCUCAAUGUCUUUCUGCUUGAGAAUGUAUUGAUAUUGUGAGGAGAAAUUCAUUAUUGAGCUUUAGUGAGAGUGAAAAGGGUUAGGAAACGUUUUUAAAGGGGUUUCCUGUACAGGUGCAGUUUACAUAAGUAAGUUAUUUUGUAGUGAUUUUGAGCCAUCUAUAUAAUUGAUGCUGGUCUUGUGAGCUAUGACAGGAAUCUUGGUUUACUCUUCGUGAUUAUGGCUUCAGAUCUUACAACUUUGUGAAUUAUGGACCCAUGCCAUAGCAAUUUCUUUUUGUUCAUUUACCAAACUGUUUAUAGAGUACCACAUAUUGUACAAUUAGAACUGAAAUGUGUAGAAGUCAAGAAAUAAUGAUUGAUGUUUUGUUAAACAAUCUUGGCACCAUGCAGUCUUUUUUUUUUUCUGUGAAGCGCUGCAUGGAUGCCCAAAGAGCAUGAGUAGAUUUGUACAGUGCUUAGACUUGGCCUUGUUUAGCUAUGGAGGUAGAAAUUACAGUUCUUAGAAGAUUAUUAGACCACGCACUCUGUGAGUGUUUUUCGGUUUAUACCCAUUUGCGUCAGAUUCUUUUUCAGCAGAUGAGUGCCUGGUGCAAUUCAUCUGCUUAUUAUUAUAAUUUAA